AACGAAACUCUUGAACCAAACCACAAUCUUUCCUUGUAGAUCACAUUGUUUCACUGCCUCAACUAAACAAGCGGCAACAGCAGCUAUGGCUUCCCUGCGGUUCCCACUCUUGUUUUCUCAGCCACCGAGUCAACCCUCCCGCUCCUUCUACCAAACCGCCGCCGCAUAUUCCGCUGCCGCUGCUCUCGGCGGUACGGUUGCAAUCUUGCAGAUCACUCACAACAACCCACUGAAUUUCUCACGCAACAAAAUGCCCUCCUGCCGGGUCUGGGGCUCCCUUUCCCUCUCUGGUAGCUCGGACCCUGUCACGGAAUCGAGGACCGGUAUGUCAUUCCCUUCCGUUCUGAAAGACUCUCAGCGACUUCUCGGAAUUGGGUUGAGGAAGAAGGCCUUUCUGGGGUUGAAGAACAUCGAUGUAUAUGCUUUUGGGGUGUAUGCCAAUGAUGAUGAUGUACAGAACAUCCUCAAAGAGAAAUAUGAUACACUUUCUGGGUAUGGGAUGAGAUCAGGGAUUGGAUUGGAAUUGGACGCCAAAUGACAACAAUGCUCAGCUCAAUCAAGUGGAUCAUGAAGACACACAAAGGAUCAACGAUGAAGGCCAAAGCUGCUCGUCUAGCAUUCUGUGCCACGGUCUACUACAUUUGGCAUGCGAGGAAUGAGAUACGAUUUGACGAAGGAACGAAGACGGAAGAAGAUGUGAUUGCUAAGAUCAAACAUGUGGUGUAUAAGAUCUUAUAUAGCUUAUACCCGCAUGACAUGAUCAAAUUUUGAUGGGUGGAUGUCGUCUCCUUUCUGAAGCCGCGGCAUCAUCUUUCUUGGACUAGGGUGUGUGCACAUUGCAACACCAUGAUUCCUUUUUUGGGCUAAGGGGAGUGUGCAUUAUAACCUCCUCUUGGUCAUGCAUUUUCUUCUGAUGGAUGUAUUUUGGUGAGCUGUGUGUGCACACUUUGCAGCACCGAUUGGUUUUUGAGCCUUUUGGGGCAUUUAAGUAUUGUAUACUUAGGCCCCUUUUGAUUUCGAUUUAGAUCGAACAAAAAUCUCUCCCAACCCUUACACUAGACAGGGGUGGGUUUUUUGGGAGAUCAAGAACCUUUUUGAUGUAUUGUUUUCUUUGGGUGUUAAUAUAAAUUUACAUUUUAUCCAAAAAAAAAAAAAUGAUACACUUUCUGGUUCUGAGUUUAAGGAAAAGGAGUUGAAGGAUGAACUCAUGGAGAAGGACAUACGCACUACUGUUAGACUGCAGAUAGUAUAUGGAAGACUAAACAUCCGGUCUGUGCGCAGUGCAUUUGAAGAGUCUGUUGGAAGCAGGCUACAAAAGUUUGGUGGCUCUGAUAACAAAGAAUUGCUUCAAAGGUUCACUUCCCAGUUCAGAGAUGAAAUAAAGAUACCUCGUGGAGCUGUCAUAGAACUCUCAAGGGAGCCAGGCUAUGUACUUCAGACCACAAUUGACGGCAAGGAAGUGGGAAGCAUACAGAGUAAAGCACUGUGUCAAUCAAUUUUGG